CGACCCAUUUUUUUCUCAAUCUAUUUCUCAAUAAGAAUCUUCUCUCUCUAAUAUUUGAUAUCUUGUAUUUGCAUGGUAAAGGUUCUUGGAUCCAUAUAAAAAUGGCGUACUGACUAAAUCAGAAUCUUAGGGUUGGAUUUUUCUAAUAAGGUCUUACCUAGAUGGCAGGCGUUGAUAAUGAAGUUCUUAUUAUUGAGAAUAAUGAUGAGGCUUCUGUUUGGACUCAAAAGCAUGAAGAAAUUUUCAUUGAACUUAUGGAAGAAGAAGUCUUAAAGGGAAAUAAGAAUACCACAACCUUUACCAAGCAAUCAUGGAAAUAUAUAAAGGAGGAGUUUUGUGGACAAGCAAAAAGAAAUUAUAGUGAUAUGCAACUAAGGAACAAAUACAAUCAAUUAAAGCAAAAGCAUAAGGAUUUUAAGUCUUUACUGAAAGAGACUGGUAUGGGAUACAAUGCAGUGACUGGAGAAGUUAGUGUGACAGAUGAAGUUUGGGAUAAACUUAUUCAGGUUAACAAGUCUGCUAAAAGAUUUAGAAAGAAAGGCUGUAAGUUUUAUGAGAAAUUAUGCACUAUCUUUGGUGAUACCACUACAACUGGUUCCAAUGCUCAUCCUUCAACUCGAAGUCCUUCUAAUGAUGAUGAUGCAACGUCAAUAAGUCAUUCUACUAUGAAUGAAGAAAGUGGUUUUGAUGAGGAUGGUAACAAAAGAAGAGGUAAAUCAACAGCCACUUCGAACUCUCGAUCAGUAAAAAUAGCAAAGUUCUCAUCAGCUUUGGCAGAUGCACUGGCAACAUAUAAUGAAACUGCAAAGCGAAAGACAGAAUUGAUAGAGAGAUCAAUGGCAACAUCUGCAUCACAUUACUUAUUGGAUGAGAGUGUUAAAGCUCUUAAUCAAAUUGAUGGAAUUAGUGGAGAAGUAUACGCAAAAGCUAUUGAGAAGUUUGAGAACGAGGUGUCCAGAGCAUUGUUUCUAAAGAUGCCAGAGCAUAGAAGAAUAGAUUGGUUGCUGAAUUUGAAGUGAAAAAGUUUAGACUUUGUUUAGCUAUGAACAAGAUGACUUUAUUUAGCUAUUAACUUUAGUUUUGUUUAGCUUUUGACUGGAUGACUUUGUUAAGCUAUUGAUUGGAUGACUUUAUUAGCUAUUGACUGGAUGACUUUGUUUAGCUAUUGACUGGAUGACUUGUUUUGCCUAUUUUGUUUUAUGGUUUGACUUUGACUUUGAGUAUUUAUAUAUUUUUAUAUAUUGAAUGUAAAAUUUAAAAGUUUUUUCUACUAUCAGGAUAAAAUGUCUUUAAACGUUGCUCGGUUCAACAAGGAUAAUUUACUGGACAAUUCAGAUGAUGAGUUUGGAGAGAUUUUGCUAUAUUUUGCUUGCGAGGAAUAUAAUCAAUUAUAUCUAUCCAAGCAACCUUUUAGAAAUUCAGCUCUUUCAGGCCAUGAAUAUGUUAUGGAAGUGUUGCACGGGCAUUGGAGUAGGUGUUAUGAUUUGUUAAGAAUGAACAAAGAUGUCUUCAAAUUAUUUUGUGGUGUUCUAAAAGAAAUUUUUUUAUUGAAGAACUCACGAUAUCUGUCUGUUGAAGAACAAGUGGCUAUGUUCUUAUUUGUGAUUGGCCAUGAUGAACGACAUCGUGUGGUUGCUGAAUGAUUUUAGCACUCCAUCUCAACCACAUCACAUUAUUUUAGGAAGGUUUUGAAGGAAAUAUGUCGUCUAUCCAAAGAACUAAUUACUCCACCUUCAUUUGAUGUAACUCCUCCACAAAUUCGAUUCGAUCCAAGAUACUAUCCAUUUUUUAAGAAUUGUGUUGGAGCUAUAGAUGGGACUCAUAUUUCUGCGCAUGUUCCAAUUGAUGAACAAAUACCAUAUCGAGGUCGAAAAGUGGAUACAACUCAGAACAUUAUGUGUGUAUGUUCAUUUGACAUGAAGUUCACAUACGUUGUUCCUGGAUGGGAAGGAUCAGCUAAUGAUGCACAGAUUCUUCUAGAAUGUGCCACAAACCCAGAUUAUGGAUUUCCAAUGCCGCCCCAAGGAAAAUAUUAUCUUGUUGAUUCUGGCUAUACAAACAUGCCUGAUUUUCUUUCAUCAUAUCGAGGAGAAAGGUAUCAUUUGGGCCAAUACACAGAUCUUAAUCCCAUAGGCAAAAAAGAGCUCUUCAAUUAUCGACACUCUUCCUUGAGAAAUGUCAUUGAGCGGUGUUUCGGCGUGUUGAAGGCUCGCUUUCCAAUCCUAAAACAAAUGCCUUCAUAUGAUCUAAGAAUACAAAAGUACAUUGUCAUUGCUUGCUGCGAGAUUCACAAUUUUAUAAGGACAAAUGCAGAAGCAUAUGUAUAUUUUGAUGGGGGUGAAGGAAAUUCUGAAGUACAGGCUACUACUUUACAAAGCACGGAUGGAACUUUGACUGAUAGUGUAGAGUUCAGUAUUUCUAGAACUCAUAUACGUGAAAUGGCUCAUGUUCGUGAUGAAAUUACUGAUCAUAUAUGGAGAGCUAGUCGACGAUAGUGAGAUUGAGUAAAGACAUUAGUUGAUUGUUAUGACUCGUUUAAUACUUUACUUUAAGUUUGGACAAUUAUCAGUUCAUACGUUUUUUAUUUUACUAUGUAAACUUUAUUGGAUAGAUAUUAAGUUUUGAAAUUUGAGAUUA